AUGGAUCCUUCUCACAAUGCUUGGGCCUCUUUGACGUCUGUCCCUCCAACCAAUUGCCGUACCAAAACAAAAAGUUCAACCACUGCCAACAACAGCCAAGCAGCGCUUAUUGAGAAACUUGCCCGCAAGAUCAAAACCCUCAAAACCAACCUCAACUCAAAAAAGUAUGCCUCAAAGUCAAAGGGCAAGUCUCUUGCAAAGUCUGCCGCCCAAGAUUCCAGCCCGUCCUCCAGCUCUGCCCUGGCUGCCAAGACAAAGGCCCCAGCGCCAACAACCCCAAAAACAAACCAGCAAGCCACUUCUCCCCCCCCCCCCCCUGAAUUCAUGGGGCCGCCAAAACCCCGCAAGUCAAUUCCUGAGACACCUGCCGCUAAACCUUCCCCUAAGAGACACCCUCAACAAAUGCAAACGGGCAACUUUCCUGCAGCCUUUGGACCAACUAAGGGUGGUCGCAUCAGAUACGGAAAAUCAAUCAUCCACCUCAGAAGCAAUUUUGUUGGCUAUGCUCAAGGAAUCUUGGCUCAGUUGGGCUUAAGUGUCUGGUGCCCCAACUUGGACAAAGACUCGGCUUCCCUCUACAAUGCAGCACAUCAAAUUGCUGCCCUGACAACAUUAACUGAGCUUGCAGCAACUCCAGCUUAUGCUUACCUUCAAAUCAAUCCAGUCAUGGCUCAAGAUAUGCCUCUACUUGUUUGUGCAUACCGCCAUGUCAUCCAUUAUCUCCAGCUCAAAAAGUACAAAAAGGAAAUGAAGGAGACAGGAAAGGUUGCUCAAGAAGCAAACAACAAGAAAUUUAACAAGAACCGCAAAAGAUUGAGGGACGCGCACCAAGAUUUUGCUAUUCUCAACAAAUACCCUCAGUGCUAUCGUGAUAUCUUGGAGCCAAUCUUGGCCCACAGUGAUGACAAGAAAGUAGAAGGCAAAGGCUUCUACAAGAUAAAGACCUUGCCCUACCGCUCAAACAACACCAAUUGCUUCUUCCGACAAUUGGACAUUGUCAUGAUAAAGGUGGCGGAGCAAGAUCCUCUAGCAAAGUCAAGUUGGUGCCGGGUUCGUUGA